AUGGAUUUCAGGGUCAACAUGGAUUUCAGGGUCAACAUGGAUUUCAGGGUCAACAUGGAUUUCAGGGUCAACAUGGUGUUGAUGGUCCUCCUGGCUACAUUGGGCAGCCUGGUCCCGGUGGUCACCCCGCUCAUCUCGGUCACCCCGGUGGCCCUGGUGGCUCUGGGUAUCCCGGGUAUCCUGGUUAUCCUGGCCAUUCUGGUCCCGCUGGCCAGCCUGGCCCUGACGGACAGCCCGGCGUCCCUGGCCACCCUGGCCCUCAUGGUCCCAAUGCUCACCCUGUUCCAAACGCCAACCCCGGCAUCCCUGGCCAUCCUGGAUUCCCCGGCUCUAAUGGCCAGCCUGGCUACCCUCAGCAACCCGGUCAACCCGGCCCGGCUGGCUGCCCUGGAGUAG